ACGCCCACGCAUUCAAUCGGACCAAUGGGCUUCUGGGUUUUCCAAUAAGGGGCGGGAUCUCCCUGGAAUGCUGUCUGUUCAUUGGGCGUCGGCCCCCCGGCGGGGCGGGGCAGCGGGGGACUUGUGGGAGAAGACGGGAGGAUUUGAAGCUCGCGCUCAGUGCAGGGUUGUUGCAGAAACCGAUCCGACACCGCGGCGCCGGUUAUGUUCCGGUAGACGCGUCCAGACUCCGCCGUUUCCUUACAGCCGGUAUGCUCUGAUGAGAAUAUGGGCCUGCUGCUAAAGCCUCGCUGCUGAGAGCUCUCUUCGAGAGGAAUACGAGCUCGGACCUGUGCAGGCAGGUGGAGUUACACAGCGUGCCCCCAGCGGUGCUGCUUGUGGGAAGGGGAGCACAGCACCUCCGGUCCCGGUCCUUGAGUUUCUCCGCAGCUGCGCUGCCGGGCGAGCUGUGGCUGCGGACACUGUCCGGCAGCUCGGACUGCAGCGGGUCCCCGAGGCUGUGUCGCCAGAGCACGGUGCACCUCGUCUCCCCCACUCGGGAGUCCUGAUCCGCCCUUCUAGCAGCCUGGGCGAGCAGCCGGACACUCUCCGGGGGCAGGCGCUGGGUGCGGGGACAGACCCCGGGUUUGGAGCCCGAAACGCCGCCGAGAGAAGCGAGAGGCUGGGCUCAUCCCAGCUGCGGGAUCUUCACGCGUGGUGUCCGACACCGCGAUACACGCAAACCACAGGCGCCAGAGCGCCCACGGCGGAACCCGCGGUCCUUGUGAUCACCCCGCAGGAGGAAGACUGUGCUGUCACCGGCCCAUAGCAGCCAUGUCAGAAGGACGGUUCUCCGCGCUGGACGAGCCCUCUCUCAAGAAGCUGCUGGAGGGCACUUCGGACCUGGAGGAGCGCAGGGUGAUCCGCUCCGCCAUCCGAGAGCUGCGGCGCCGCGAGAUCGAGGAGAUGGAGGCCAGCCUGGCCUCGAAGCGUUUCCGCGCAGAGAGAGACCCCGAGCAAUCGGAGAACAAGGAGAACCGCCUCAGGUCUCAGCAGGUGCUGUGUGAUCAGAGCCAUCACCUGGAGCUGCUGUCCAGCAAGCUGCAGGCCAUCCAGGACAUCGACGAGCUGACCACCCUGCUGCAUGGAGCCAGUGAGUACGAGGAGAGGAAGCUAAUCAGAGCUGCCAUCCGCAAACUGAGGGUGCAGGAACUAGAAGCUCAGCCAUUCCAGGUGCUCGCCUGCUCGGGGCUCUGGGCCUGGGUGCUAGCGGACUGUGACCGGGGGUCUGGGCCUGGGUGCUAG